AUGGAUGAAGAAAUUAAAUCUAAAGAGAAGAAUGACACAUGGGAGCUUGCUACACUUCCAAAAGAGCAAAAGGCAAUUGAUGUCAAAUGGGUGUAUAAAGCAAAGAAGAAUGCAAAUGGUGAAGUUGAAAAAUAUAAAGCAAGAUUGGUCGCCAAGGGCAUAAAACAAUUGGAGAAUCCACCAAAUGGAUGUGAAAUCGGCUUUCUUGAAGAAGAGGUGUAUGUUCAACAACCCAUGGGCUAUGUUGUAAAGGGGCAAGAAAACAAAGUCUUGAAAUUGAAGAAAGCUUUAUAUGGCUUGAAGCAAGCACCAAGGGCGUGGAAUAAGCGGAUUGAUAAAUAUUUUCAAGACAAUAAUUUUUUAAAGUGCCCAUAUGAACAUGCUCUUUACUCCAAAGUAAGUGAGAAUGGAGAUAUAUUUUUUGUUUGCUUGUAUGUGGAUGAUUUAAUCUUCACAGGAAGCAAUCCAAAAAUGUUUGAAGAUUUCAAGAAGGUUAUGGCUCGAGUGUUCGAGAUGACGAACAUUGGCAUCAUGGCUUAUUAUCUUGGCAUUGAGGUCAAGCAAAUGAAAGAUGGAAUUUUCAUUCACCAAGAAGGCUAUGCUAAGGAAAUUCUCAAGAAAUUCAAGAUGGAAGAUUGUAAAUUGGUGAACACGCCCAUGGAAGUUGGAAUUAAAUUGUCAAGAGAUGAAGAUGGAGAGACGGUGGAUCCAACAUUUUUCAAAAGUCUUGUUGGAAGCUUGAGAUACUUAACAUGCACAAGGCUAGACAUAUUAUUUACGGUUGGGCUUGUUAGUUGGUUUAUGGAAAGACCCACCAUAACUCAUUUCAAGGCGGCUAAGAGGAUUCUUCGUUACAUCAAAGGUACCCUUGAUUUUGGGUUAUUCUAUUCAUUUACUAAUGAUUUCAAGUUUGUGAAUUAUUGUGAUAGCAAUUGGGCCGAAGAUUUGGAUGAUAGAAAAAGUACUUCUGGCUAUUGUUUUUUCAUGGGAAAUGUUGCUUUUACAUGGUGUUCAAAGAAGCAAUCCAUUGUCACCCUCUCAACUUGUGAAGCAGAAUAUGUUACAGCCACUUCAUGUGUUUGUCAAGCAAUUUAG